CUUGGGCUUUGCUCCAGUUCCCGAUUUGCUCCUCUAAUUCUUCCAUCUCACAAGAACGACUCUGGAGCAAUUCUACAAAUUCCAGCUAUCGGGCUCUUUUCUCAUUUUGUCCAUGGCGUCUGCUUCGAUGAGCGCUCGUGUCUUUAACGCGGCACCGCGUGCCCACCUCUUCUCCCGUAACCGCAAUCGAUCUACUUGCCGCCUACUCUGCACAUCAGCAGUCUUGAGAGACGACUCGAAGAAACAGGCAUCGUCCAGCUCACCUGUAUUCCCUUCAGUGUUCGGGACUGGUCCCUCGCCGCCACGUCUACCCAAAGAAGACCAAGAAAUCUUCGAAGCCCUUCAACGCCAGUCGACUGGUGCCUUUUCCACCCCUCGCACUCCACCGCGUAUCAACCAGUCCCCUCAUUCGACACCACCUGAAGUGGACAGUGCGCAGCAAAGUGUCAACGACAGUGUGAACGAGAUGGGAACAUCUACCGGGCCUUCAGAGCAGGCACUCCGUGACGAAUUCCAGAAGAUGAUCGAAGCUCGUGGCAAUGGCGACGAGUUGCACGCCGACGUGAGGAGAGGUGCAAAACCCGAGUUUGAGGGUGAUGUCAAUCCCAAGACAGGCGAGGUUGGGGGACCAAAGAAUGAGCCUCUAAGAUGGGGUGCCAGCGGCGAGUGGAGUUACAAUGGGAGGACGACAGACUUCUAGAGACAACAAGGAUGCUGUCCUUCCGAUAUUGAGCAAGCGAGAUGAAACAGAAAAAGACGCAUUAUACAACACCAUAAAUGUCGGCCCCCUGCCUCUUGACUGGGAAAAGUGUACAACGGAAUGGUAUCAUAUUCAUUAGAAGAUUUAUGACAUCUGUAGACACUCUCUUGUGUGAAUAUGCCGUUAUCCCUGGCGCCGAGAAUAUGCAGGAGAUGGGCUCUCUCGCCAUCAAGAUGCCACAGGAACGGUAACUCGCAUGAGACCAAGGAUGGGUUGUUGCGUUGCAACCCAGUGUCAAUGUGCUUUCAAAGGAGCGCCCUUAUCGCACUGUCCGAUGAAUCGCACUUUUGGUAGAGUUGCCGAUUCACCAAACAUGAGAUAUGAUUCUUUUGACAUCCCA